AUGCCGCACCAGGAAGGUAUCGAGCUGAAGGAGCUCAAACCCCGUCUCAAGCCCGCGGCCCCAUUGUCACCGCAUACCGAACUAGCAGUGCGCGCCCUCGUCGAAGCCCGUCGCAACAUCGCUGAAGUCCAAUCCGAGAUGGGGCACCUAGGUGAGAGACAGCAGGAAGAAGCGCAGCAGCUCCUGGAUGUCACCGCAGCUGCCGCUGCCGUUGAGAAAGGUCAAGACCGGACCGCCGAGUCGCGCAAGGAGCUCGUCGAGGCGCUGAUACGCGUCCGGCGCGAGAUGAAGACGACGAAGGAGCAGCUCCGGCAGCUGGUGUGGCAGCAUAAGGAGUGCGAGGAGGUGCUCCGCAGCGCAUUCAUCACUGUCGGGUUUAGUGCGGAGUUCAACUCUCAUCGGGCGGGUGGCACCAAGGUGGAGGCGCUGCGGUCGACUGGGAAGGGGCUCAAGCCGUCGCAGACUUUCUAA